AUGCCUCCAUCGACAUCCUCUCCGACAGGUAAAGUCGCCAAGCAGCGGCACAGCAAGUCGUGCAAACGGUGCACGCGCCGCAAACAACGAUGCCACGGCUUCCCGGUCUGCCGCGCGUGUGAAGAGGCCCGCGUGCCGUGCGAGCCGUCGGCGUAUGCGAUCCAGCUGCACGGCGAGGCAGGGGCUCCGUCGACGGCUGUGCAGCGCAUCCAGGUGCUGGAGACGCGGCUGGCAGGGGCCCUGGCCGAGUUGGCCGUCGUCCGGGAGCAGCAGAAGCAUCAGCAGCAGCAGCAGCAGCGACAAGAACAAACACCACUGCCCCAGCCGCCACCGCAAACGCAAUCGCAAACUCCGCAGCACACGCCAUAUCCCGACCCCAACCCGUUUCUCGUCGACCGCGACAUGCCGCUCCUGUUUGGCGAUGCCGACGCGAGCACACUAGUUGGUGGAGGUGGAGGAGGGCGACAUACGGGACAGCACUCACAACGCGUGGAGCAGAACGGCAGCAUCCAGCCAACCGUCGAGCAGAUGGUGCAGGCCACGGUGUGGUCCAAAGGACUGUUUUCGGUCGGCGACGGAGGACAGCCACUGCCGCCUGUGCCACCGUCACCCAUGUCGCUCAUGUCGCCGUUGCCACAGAUGCCGCCGAUGCCGCUGUCGUUUACGGUGCCAUCGUUCCAGCCGCAACCUGAACCGCCUCAACAGAUACAAACGCAACAACAGCAUCCUCACCGUCCUCCGCCUCCGCCUCCGCCUCCGCCUCCGCCUCCACCUCCGCCUCUACCUUCCGAUGCCAUGGGAUGCCGCAUGCUCGACGCCUACUUUGCCAAGAUCCAUCCUCGCUACCCGUUCCUCGACCGUCAUCACCUGUUCUCGUUCCACGAACGCGCCCAGCAGCACGACGCCGCGCCGCCGCCCUCCAGCCCCGGCCUCGCCCGCCGCUUCGACGUGUUUCGCCUCAACAUGGUCUACGCCAUCGGCGGGACCCUCCUCAAGAUCACGGACCCGCUGUGCGAGGCGCAGGCCGAGACGUACCUGGGCGUGGCGCUGCGGGACGUGGCCGUCGUCCAGGACGCCCAGUCGCUGUCGACCCUCCUCUGCAUCGAGGGCCUCCUGCUCCUCGUCCUCUACAACCUGCGGGCGCCCACGAACACGGGCAUCUGGUACCUGACCAACCUGGCCAUGCAGACCUGCAUCGACCUGCGCAUGCACCUGGAGGCGGCGUACCACGACGCGGCCCUGUCGCCGGCGCAGGCGCGGACGAUGCGCCGUCUCUUCUGGAGCGCGUAUGUGCUGGACCGGUUCAUUGCGCUGUCGUUCAAGCGGCCGUUUAGCAUCGCCGAGAACGACAUUGAGACGCACAUUCCCGACGGCGACGACGCCGAGCCCAUGUGGCGCCGCUUCAUCCAGAUCAAGCGCCUCGAGUCGCGCAUCCAGACGGACGUCUACGGGCUCGGCGAGCCGCACGCCGUCCGCCGCGCCAGGCUGGCGCCGCUGCUGCGCGCCGUCGACGCCUGGGGCGCGUCCUUGGACGUGGACGCCGAGUCGGCGUCGUCGCCCCAGCGGCAGCUGACCGGCGCCGAGCGCGUCUAUCUCCGCCUCCAGUGGCACGCCGCCGUCGCGCAGCUGCUGCGGCCCUUUCUGUCCGUCCUGCCCGCCGACGACCCGCUGCUGGCCCGCUGCCUGCACGCCGCCGGCCACGUCUGCGCCCUCUUCCGCGCGAUGCACAUGCGCGACGCCUACGGGCACUCGUUUGUCUCGGCCCACCUGACCUUUCUGACGGGCGUCACCAUGUGCUACUGCCUGUUCCGGGCCUCGUCGGCCGGGCGCCUGGGCCGCCUGCUCGACCACCGCGUGGCGCACCACCUGCGCGCGUGCUCGUCGACCAUGUUCAUCAUUGCCGAGCAGUACCACCGGCUGCGGCGGCACCGCGACAUUCUCGAGGACAUUAUUGGGCGGAUCAUGGAUGCGCGGAUGCAAGAGGGGCAGGGACCAGAGGGACAGGAACCAGACGGACAGGAGGGAGGGGAGGGACGCGAGGCGGCUGGGUGGCCUUCCACCUUGGCAGCGCCGGCAGACGCGUCCGGCGGCAACCGCCGUGCCACCGCGCUGGGACGCACGGCCGACGUGACCACCCCCGACGCGGCCCGCCCCCAGUUCUCCCAGCUGGACUUGGUCGCCGUCCAGAGCCUGCUGGACCUCGCCGCCCAGCAAGAGCCGCCGGCGACGUGCACAUCGCCAGCCGCGUCGACAAGGGCUGCGGCGACGGUAACGCCCGAGGAGCCGGCCAACACGUACAGCGACCAGCACCAGCCGGCCAGCGCGAUGCUGCCUUAUUCGUGGCCGACCCUCGACUUGCACGCCACGGGCGCGUGGGACGUGGACCGCUACAGCCUGGAGAUGCUGGGACGGAUGAUUUCAUCGGGGGGCGGACAGAUGCGCAGUUUUUGA